CCGCUAGGGAAGAGAUUCCUGCUCGCCUCCCAAAUCACCUUUCACUAAAUCCCAGACCACAAGGAGACAUUUAUUAGAGUUGUAUUCUUCCGCUCUCGCUGGCCUAGAUUAAACGGCGGGCAUUACAAUGCUUCAAAUAUCACUUAGGCAUCAGUAUUUUUAAACAAUCCAUCUCAGAGUCGUCAUACAUGGUCGAUUCUACCAAUGGCAGAAUUGUUCUACUGGCCGCGAAAUGGAUCAUAUCAUGCCACAAACGGGAAUAUUCUCUUCUGGGUACGACACAGCCUAAAUGUCAAAAUUAUAUACAGCAACACUCUAUAAAUUGAGCUGUACGUUUAAUUCGCACAGGAGGACGUCAAAACAACAUACAUGCAGCGAGACAAAGCGAGAGAGAGAGAACAGUUGUGAUGGAGCGACGGGCAACAUCAUGGGCGAGGGUCGUCGUCAUUUUCAUGUUCCUGACAACGAGGGUCGUCGUCAUGGGCGAUGUCCAUUCAUGCACAGGUGGCGAAAUCAGCGACGACGGGACCCACUCGUCGUACGUUGCACACGUGCUGUCGGAGCUGACGGCGGUUACGCCCACCAACCCUACGCUUGAUGACGGCACGGUGUUCCCCGGCAACGGCGUCAGUGGCUCCGUCGUGGGCAUGGCGUCGUGCUCCGAUCCUAAUGACCGUGACCUCUGCGCACGCUGCCUUUUGGGUCUUCAGCAGUUGGUUUUCGGGUCCUGCAGCACCCGGGCCGGCGGCUACGCUAAUUCGGACGCUUGCGCCACGGGUUUCGCGACGCCUUAACUACAUCUACAUGCAGUCGUAGCUAGCUAUGACUUCACAAAUCACAAACCAUGCAUACAUGGAAUGGAAUGAAUGGUUUAUAUAUAGUUUGAGUUGCUGGAAGAGGAAAGCAAAUAAUAAUUCCAAUGAGUACUGUAAAAUAUAUUGGAAUACAAGAAUAUUUGUAUUGGGUAAUCUACAUGUCCAUUUUAUGAAGUUGAUUAAAGGGUACUGUUCACUUUGUACUUGGUUGGGGUACAAUAAUACCACCUUUUUUUUCUCCCUUGUACAGAGGGUACAAACCUGGUUGACGACUCGAUAACUUUCUAUUUUAUCGGGGUGCAGAAUUGAAUAUAUACAACUAAACCGAUUGCAAUGAUCGUUCUGCUGUUGGCAUGAAACUUUCGGUAGAGUUUUAAUAGAUUUUUGCUGAUGUUGCCUGUUGUGGUUGCAAUAUUUUUGUGACAUAUCACAACACGAUCGAUGAGACAAAUUAUUGUUUUAAUGACGAGGUCUUUAUUUCAACGAUGACCAACAACCAUUAGUGAACUGAAUGACUAAAUCUCGCCCUAACUUUAUUAUUAUCGCCCUAAUUUAAAAUAUAAAAUUAUUAAAUUAACCUUUAACAAACAACCCUAAAAUUCAUUUUUUAAACCCCCUUCAUCUUCUUCCCAACGAGAGCUGCCCUCCAAACCAGCUCCGCCGUUGAGAACCCGCAAUUCACUCAAAACCACCUCUGUCAUUGAAAAAUCUGAACUCCAUCAAUCCUUCUGUAGCCUACUGAGAGGGCUCCAAUCGACCCUCCUCUGUCCUGCCGCUUGAGUGGUAGAAUUCCUCUAUCCUGAACGGCGCAGCCGACUUCUAUCUGUUUGUGAUUGCUAUAUAUAUAAUCGAUGUCCUGAAAAUACAGAGAGGGUUGACAAUCAACCGAUCUAUAGUUAGCGCUAUCCUUCCAUUUGCCACAAUUAACACCAAAAAGAGAAGCUAAAUGAUUAGUCAAUUCACAUGUUCCCAUUUUCUGUAAUCUUUCGUAUUCCCUCAAAACCCUCACAAAUUCCGCAAGUGGAACCAGGAAGACUAGCGAGAGUUAUCAUACCCACUCCACCACAAGAAAUUGUACCCAAAAAUCUCCACAAAUUCUGUUAUGAAUUUGGGCAGAAGCUUUGUUUUGAUAUUCAGCGUACUAGGUUAAUUUGCAAUGAUCAAUUUGAUGAUGGGUUUGCAUGAUUUCUAUUUUGGAUUAUAAGUAGGUAGGUUGCGGGAUGUACCGAGAGAAACGUCCUCUGUUCGCAUUCGAUUGACAUGGUGGCGGGCGGCGGGUCAGGGUAGGCGGUGGUGGAAAUCAAAACCGUAGUAAUUAAUGUCGAAUUUGUUUGGACGGAGUUUUGUUUAUUAGAAUAAAACAUUUUUAACAAUAAAAAAUGAGAAGGAUAAAAGGGUAAUAAUAAUUGUAAGUUAGGGCGAUUAAGUCAAAUUAGGGCGACAAUUAGCAACUCCCGUAAUGAAAACGAUAUAGACUC